GCAGUUGGCUACUGGUUCCUUUUCCAAGUCCGGUUGUCUGUGCUAAGGCAUGCUAAAAGGUGGUACUAUUCCACUGAUUAGGGUCAGUCGAUAAAGAUGUUUUACUACCCAUUAUGUGAUCGUUAGCGAGCACAGUAGUUUGCCCUUUCUUCCACUCCCCCAGAGUUAUUAACACCAUGCAUUCUUGUUACUAAAAGGGCUCUACAGCGCCUUCGUUGCCACCUUCUGAUGAUUGCGAAUUUCCACCCACCAGGGAUUAGUACCUUUUGAUUGAACUAAUAACUCACGGUGGGUGAAUUCGUUGCGGUUCCAGCUGCUGUUACGAUCGACCCGCUCCAUGUAGCUUAUUUUAUCCGGAAGGCUUAAAUGGCAGCAAGUCUGCAAGGGAGUUGGGCUUAGCGUUCGGUUGGUGCAACCGGCUGCCAGCUCGGGCAGUUACAAAUGAAACGGAAUAUAAACGGCUAGAUAAAUCCAAUGGUCAAUAGCAAUGUCAAUUAAUUAAUUUUUCACCUCUUGUUCCCUCGCGCAGCGUUUUACUUCUGUUCUGUGCUGGAACAUGGUGGAGCCCCGCCGAACGCUUGAACACGCGUCAAGCCGUCGUCACACAACAUUGGCGAAUGGAACUCCCGCUAGACUGGACAGGGCAGCAGGCUACCCUUGGAUCUUGACACACACACAGGCAUUGAGGGGGCAUUGGGGAUGCAUCUCGCUGCUGCUGCUGCUGCGCCGUGUGGAAAGUGGAGCGACAGUUUUAAUGGAGUAUCGCCAUCAAAAUGAAAUAUGAUGGACCAUGUCAAGCUCGACAUGCAACAGGUUCGCGUCACCAGGGAAGGGCGACACGCGACACGCCAUUGCACGAUUUCUAUAUAGACCACGGCCGUCUAGCAUGCGUCCUCAGUCGAAUCGCCGCGCUCUGCAAUGAAACCACCGCUUGGGAAGAUUGUACAAAACAUAGCCCGGGAGUACUUUGCGUCGAGCACGUGCCAUGGCAUGGCAUACAUCGUGCACCCGAAGCUAUCCGUGGUGGAGCGUGUGUGCUGGUCGCUGGUGGUACUGCUUUCCCUGUGCACCUGCAUCUCGGCCAUCGUCAUCGGGCACCAGAAGUGGAUCGAAAAGCCAAUGAUUGUGAGCUUCUCGGCGAAACCCAUCCCGGUGUGGAAGCUACCCUUCCCGGCCAUCACAAUCUGCCCCCAGUCGCGCAUCGAUGUGGAAAAGUUCAACAUUACGGAGGUGUAUCUGCGGGCCCGAGCAAACAAAACCCUCUCCCAAGACGAGUGGCGCAAAAUGCGUGCCCUGUCACACGUUUGCUCAUCGGUGAUGCGCUCCAAAACCGACUACUACGGCUCGAAUGGGACGGCCGGUGGGCAUAAGGAAGCGAAUACAUCAACACCAAACAGUGAGCGUGUGGUAGAGCAGCUGGUCCGGAUGUCACAGUCGCUCGAUAAGCUGUUCCAGACCUGCAUGUGGAGCUUCAAUUUCCGUCCGUGUGAGGCACUGUGGACACGCAAGGUGACGGAAAAUGGAGUUUGCUACAGCUUUAACAUGCUGUCCAGUGAGGAGUUGUACACGGCGGAUCAGGCAUUCCGGGAGCGGGAGGUUAAUCCAGACGUUAGGAAGGGUGGAUUGCAUUCGCUGCAUGCGUCUAGGUUACGCAGCUCCGGGUGGACGAUGGAGAAUGGGUACACGCUGAAGGAGGAUCUACUGGCAUACCCGAGACGGACGGCUAGUGGGGGAUUUAAGGGUGGUGCGAUUGUAUUGUUGAAGAUGCAUCAGCAGAAUCGGGAGUACAUCUGUUCUGGUGCUCUCCAAGGCUACAAAGUUACCUUACAUCCACCGGAUGAGUUCCCACGGCUUAGCGAGUACCACAUCCGUAUUCCUCCAAUGCAGGCCGUAUCGCUCAUUGUCAAACCACGGCUGCUGACCACGCAAAGGAAUCUGCACCGAUUCCCCUACAGCAAAAGACAGUGCUAUUUCUCAGACGAACGUACGCUACGCUUCUUCCGCGUAUACAACGAACAAAACUGUGAGUUUGAAUGUCUCACCAACUUUACGCUAGCAUCCUGCGGGUGCGUUACCUUCGCCAUGCCCCGCGACAACACGACCCGGGUGUGCGAGGCGCACGAAAAGCGUUGCUACAAACGAGCCGUAAUCCGGUUGAUGGAACUGGACGAGCUAUCGGUGGAUGCGGGCGAAGAGCUGUGCGAUUGUUUGCCCGCCUGCACCACGAUCAAGUACGAUGUGGAGCUGUCGAACGAUUGGCUCAACCUGGAUGCAAUGCUGGAUGCUAUGAUUGGUGGGCAAAACGAAAUGAAAGGCAUGGAACCGAUGCUACUGUACGUGUACUUCAAGGACAACAAGUUCCUGUACAUCGAGCGCGUGGAGUAUAUGAACUUUAACGGUGAGCUGGCAAAUUUCGGUGGCAUCCUCGCACUGCUGUCCGGCAUGAGCUUAACCAGCAUCGCGGAGAUACUGUACUAUAUCGUUGUGCGACCGUUUGCACUGUGGCUGAAGGUACAGUACAGAAGAGCGGUUCGGCCCGUAACUCCACCGGAGGUGCAGCACACGGGCGAUAACUCGCUGCAUUUCGUACGUCCUUGGAUCCCGUAGGCUGUGUGGCUGGUUUGGUGGGGGCAAAAACGAAGACAUUUGUUACGAUCGUUACGUGAGGUAGUAAGGAGAUGCCGAUCGAUCGGAUAAUCGAUCCCCGAUCGGGUGCGUUUGUGGUAAUGAAUUUUAAUGCGCCACAGAAAUCAACGGCCACCGUUCAUUCUGUGCUCUCCUUGCAUGUCGUCUGUAUUGGGACGGUUUUGUUUUUGUUUCCCUCAUUGUCGUCGAGCUGUUCUCGCGCUAAUCUAUUCCAUCUAGCUUGAGCUGGCGGAUGACAUUGGGGUAGCGUAUGCUAAUCGGGGCCGCACGAUACGCUUGAUCCUGCUUUGAUGGCUAACUGUUUCUGUCGAGUAAAAGUGGUUGCGUGAGAGGAAUGCUAAUGUGCAGAGUGUGCCUGCUGUGCCUGUGGAGAAAGGUUAUUUCGGUUGUGUUAGGUAAUACGAGAGCAGCAAGUCUUUGUGCUGAACUGCAGCUCGUAAUCGCCCCUAUUCGGCACUGCAUGUAGGAAAUAAACACAUUUUCCCACACAGGAUCACAGUGCAGUGUUUGUUUGAAGUAUUUACGCCAAAACUUACGUGCCUUAUUGCAGCAUUUCUUUGGCAAGGGUAACACAAACAGAAAUUGUUGAAAGAAAGGCGAACCGACGGGGAGGGCGUCUUGUGUAAUGCGUGAACACCUGCCACGGACUGCAGCCUCUGUUUUGACCCGUUUACGGCACUGUGUAUAAACAAUUUACGCGAACCCGGAAAAGCGUUCCCGGGCGUGUGUGUGUCUGUGUUUUGGAAUUGGAAAAUUAUGAAAACAACCCGCACGUGCUGCCCCGUGUUCGAUUUUUGGGGACUCUCGUGCCAGCUUGAUUCACGGUCAGUAAAGCACAAGGCAAGCGGCAAGUGGGCUGUCGCAGGUGUUGGUUAGUUUUCCGUUUGAUGGAAACGUUCCGUCCAGAUGGACGACGACGAUGUACAGUGCGUGUGUGUGUGUGUGUGUUUUAGUUUCCUUUGUCCAUAAAUUAGCAUUCACCUUUGGGCGUCUUUGGCGUUGGCGCUGUAAACCCGCUCGGAUGGGUAAUUUAUUUGUCCAUGGGCGCUCGGUUUAUGUGGGCUAUUAUUUGAUUUCGUCCAACAGAAAGGGCAUUCAAAUAAACAACGCGCCCGUCCGUUGAGGUGAGAUGACGCUGACGUGCGGUCUGGGGAAGCGAUUGCUAUAAGAUGCUUCUUGCGGGCGAAUUAAUUGGAAUUCAGUUACGGGGAUACUGUAUACUAUUUUCCGAUCCAUUAACUCUAGCGCAUAAAAGCGGUUUGAUUAUUAUUAUUCGCACCUUUAAUGUGAACUAUUAAAAUGGAAAUAAACAACGGAAAAAUAAAUGCGGAAAAUGAGGUUUGAUGGGCCUAGUUUUUCUAAACAUAUCUCGCUCAUUCUAUCUUUAAUUAAUAUGGUUUUUUGUAUGGUUGUAUAUUAUUCUCUUCCUUUUUUUUAUUUCCUUUUUUAUCUUCUUUGUAUAUUUCUGUAUCCCUUUUUAAUUACAAGUCAUGUCAUAUA